CUGUGUAAUUCAUAAAAUAAAAGUGAUCUAGUUGUAAUUGAAAGUUAUCAUGAGUGAAGAAGAAGUGAAAGUAGUUUGCUUCGUUUGCAAAAAAAGUGGUGAAGAUAUAAUAAUGUUUUCUGAGGAGACUUUAAAAAGAUGUCAGAAUAUUCUAAAAUUAAGAAAAAUACACAAACUUAAAUAUAAAGACAUUAUUUUACCUAGUGAAUAUACAGAGAGUGGUUAUCACAGAACAUGUUAUAAAGCAUUUACAGGUCUAAUGAAAAAAUACUUCAGCUCUGAACCUUUAAGUUCUGAAAAAACAACAUAUGAACCAGUAAAUAAUGGUUGGAUUUUGGAAGAUGACCACUACCAGUUUAAAUGGUUUGAAGGGGAUCAACUACCGAAUUAUGUCAGUGAAUCGCUUAAAACCGUAUCAGAAGCAGGCGAAGAAGACGAUGUUGAUAACGAUGAAUCUAGGGAGUGGAGUAGCAGUGACGACGAAAAUGAAGAUAUCAACUACGAUGACAAUGAAGAAGAUUAAAUAUUUGAUUUAA